AUGGAGUUUUAUGCAGUGUUCAUAUGUGUAUUAAUCAUAAAUUCUGCUUCGGCAGCUUACGAAGAUGCUCGGUGUAAAUGUGUCUGUUUACUCCCAAGCUCCUAUAUGAAUAAUACUAAAUCAUCAAAGAAGAUAUAUGUGAAAGCGAUUCCUUCUGAGAAAUGUACCUGUGAAUAUAUGUUACAAAACGAUAAAGACCUUUGUCGUUAUUGUGAAUGCAAAUUUCAGGUUAGAAAUACUGCUACCAUAAAAGUUGUUGUUUGCCUUAUUCUAACAGUCAUUACAGCCUUGGUUUUAUAUAUGCUAUUUCUCUUACUACUUGAACCAUUACUAUCUACAAGACAUUUAUCACAUAAAACAAUAAUUGAUAUGGGAAUAUGUUCAGAACCACAACAGCCAAAUAACUUUACUAUUAAUCAACACAAUAAUAAUGACAAGAUAAAUGAUGCAAGAUCAACUAAUUCAUGGGUUAAUAUAAACAUUCCCGUUAGUAGUAGUGGUCAUGGUGAUUCAGCUGUAUAUUCUAAAGCGAUUGAUAAAGCAGUUAUUUGGGAUAAAACUAAGUUGACUCCUAAACAAUUUAUGGAUUCCAAUUUGAGAAUAAUCACUCCUUCAAAUCGCUGGCGAUUGCGUUAUCGCUCUGGGCUAAUUUCAAAUGAUCAAGUUGAAGAUCCUAAUGGAUUAAAUCUUACCACAAUACCUUCUACAUCUGUUGGAGUAUCUAGUGUUGUAAAUCGUGUUCGAGAUCAACAACAGCGUUGGAAAGGAAAUGUUGAAGCACAACGUACUCGUGUCUUCAGCGAACGUAGUUUACUAAAUUAA